CUGCUCUUCCUCCCUCCUCUUCUUCAUCCCUCCUCUCCCGGCAGCAUCGUCCUGGUGGAGAGCAUCCCCGAGGGGCUGCAGUUCAACUCCUCCUCCAGCCAUCCCUCCAUCUUCCAGGCCUGGAUGGGCCUGAUGGGGGGGGCGCGCAGCAGCCUGGACAUCGCCUCCUUCUAUUGGACGCUCACCAACGAGGACACCAAGACCCACGAGCCCUCAGCCCAGCAGGGGGAGGCCGUCCUGCAGAGGCUGGCCCAGCUGUCGGGGAAGGUCUCCGUGCGCAUAGCGGUCAACACCCCCCAGGGGAAGCAGCCCACGGACGACCUCCAGCUGCUCAGCCGCGCAGGAGCCGAUAUCCGAACGGUGAACAUGAGGGAGCUCACGUCGGGCGUCCUCCACACCAAGUUCUGGGUGGUGGAUAAGAAGCACCUGUACAUCGGCAGCGCCAACAUGGACUGGAGGUCCCUCACACAGGUGAAGGAGCUGGGCGUGGUGGUGCGGGACUGCGGCUGCCUGGCGGCGGACCUGUUGAAGAUCUUCGAGGCGUACUGGCUGCUGGGGGCGGGCGGCGCCGUUCCCUCGCCGUGGCCGGCCGCCUUCUCCACGCCGUACAACCAGGACUCGCCCAUGCAGCUGCGGCUCAACGGCACGCCGGCAGCCGCCUACCUGUCGAGCUCGCCGCCGGCGCUGUGCGCGGCCGGCCGGACGCCGGACCUGCAGGCCGUCCUCGGCGUGGUGGCGGACGCCCAGAGCUUCAUCUACAUCGCCGUCAUGAACUACCUGCCCACCAUGGAGUUCUCGCACCCCAAGAGGUACUGGGCGGACAUCGACACGCAGCUGCGGCGGGCGGCGUACGAGCGGCGGGUGCGCGUGCGGCUGCUGGUCAGCUGCUGGGCCCAGACGCAGCCCGCCAUGCUGCCCUUCCUGCGCUCGCUGGCCGCCGUGCAGGACGCCGCCAGCCGGCUGGACAUUCAGGUGAGGCUGUUUGUGGUGCCCUCCACCCCCCAGCAGAAGGAGAUCCCCUUCGCCCGGGUCAACCACAACAAGUACAUGGUGACCGACCGGGUGGCCUACGUUGGUACGUCCAACUGGUCGGGCGACUACUUUGAGAGGACGGCGGGUUCGGCGCUGGUGGUCAACCAGACGGCGGCGUCCCAGGUGGCGCCGACCCUCCAGGCCCAGCUGCAGGCCGUGUUCGAGCGGGACUGGGACUCCGCCUACAGCAGCCCCCUGACGCUUCGCGCCGACCACCGGCUCCCCUGCUAG